ACAUGAGUGCCGCCAUACAGUUUCGUAAAGGUUUCAUUCUAUUUUGUUGCAUCGUCGUUAGUUACGUCACCAUAGCCGUUUACAAAAGAGACGUCGCUCAAGGAUUUUGUGACAUCCUUGUCCGUAGUGAUGGCCACGCCCAGUCGAUCGCCCACUUCAAAGAAGCUUUAGCGAAGAGCCAACAAAAAUGGACGUCCAACGAAAACACUGUGGUCGUCGGCCGUGAAUUUUUUCAAUACCUGGCCAGUCAAUUGCGUGAAACUGCUUAUCCCGGAGUUGAUAAUUACACGCAGUACGUCGUGACGCGUUUGCAAUUGAAACCUUUACGUGACGUUAAACCAAUACGACCAGAUUUCGGCCCGGUUUUUAACAAUGUCAAAUCAUUUAAUUAUCCCAUUGAAAUUUCAUCGUGUCGAGAAGACAAUGUCCACGAUCUUCCCAGGCUCUUCGUGGCCGUCAUUUCCGCACCGAGUUAUUUUGAAAAACGGGACAUUAUCCGACAGACUUGGCUACGUCAAUUGCAAACUGAUUCAUUAGUGAAUCUAGUUGGUUUUGGUUUCAUCAUUGGACGCACAGACGACCGGGACACGCAGAAGAAGAUCGAAUCAGAGAGUUCAACGUACGGUGAUAUCCUUCAAAUGGACAUGGUCGAUGUCUACUACAAUCAAACGUUGAAAGUGGUGGGUCUAUUGAAUUGGAUCAACGAUCACUGUUCAAGAGUUGAUUUCCUUUUGAAAGUGGACGAUGACGUUUACGUCAAUACCCGAAAUUUGGCAACUGUCGUGAAAUAUCUCGAUCCAGCAGAGCAAAGUGUUUAUGGAACGGCAUCGGAUAGCAUAGUGCGAAGAGAUGGCAAGUUUGAAAUUAGCCUGGAAGUUUGGCCAUGGUCGAAAUAUCCCGCUUAUUCGAUGGGAGCUGCUGUUUUGAUGCCGGGCAGCACGAUGGAGCCUUUAUUGGCCGCUUGUCAAACGACGCCAUACUUCCUCUUUGACGAUACGUAUCUCAUCGGGCUAUGCACGAGCAAAGCCGGGAUUGCAGUACGUGUCUCAGACAGAUUUUUAGCCGGAUAUGCCAACCAAUUUCCAGAGCCUUGCUACGUUCACGACUCCAUUACUUGGCUAACGGAUUCGGUUGAGCAUUUAAACAAGUCUCAUUGGGCAAGCGCAGAGUUUUAUAAGAACGUAACGUCGUGUAUUAUCGAGGACCUUGACGGUGCGAAUCAAACUGUUGAUCCGACGAAAGGGAUUGAGUUUUAUUUUGCCCGGUCCCAACAUUAGACCCCAUGCCGGCAAAGAAUGUCGUGUAACAAGCGCGCAUUAGCAAUACAGAUUUGUAGUUCCACCUA